AUGUCAAAAUAAAAUUUGAACUGACUGAAAAAUGUAAAACAUAAUGUAAACAGUGUUGUGUUGGAAGAAAAAAUUAAUUUUUUUAAAACAAUGGGUUACUAGUGACGAGAAAUCGCAUAACCAGGCCGAAAAGUAAAUCCAAGAUCCACGUUUUGAACACUUUGAUCAAGAGAGAGAGAGAGAAGAGCGAUCGUCGUCGCGACGGUGGAGAGCGAGCCGAAAAGUUAUCACCGCGGAUCGAUCUUCAAUUUUACCACAAGCAACGGUAGUGGAGGCUCCGGCAGUCCAUUCUCAGGAUGACGACGCAGCAGCAGCAUCAACCACGUAGAAAUAAUCAGCAAUUGAAGCAGGCGAUGUUUGCACGAGUCUCAUUCUAUCCGACGUUGUUCUACAACGUGUUUAUGGAGAAAGUGACCAAACGUAACUGGUAUGAUAGAGUCGAUGAAAACAUGAUCCUCGGGGCUCUGCCGUUUCGCUCUAUGGCACCGGAAAUGGUGCGGCAAGAGAACAUUAAAGCGGUAGUAUCAAUGAACGAAGACUACGAGUUGUGGGUGUUUUCGAACAAUCGAGAACGAUGGGCCAAACUGGGAGUGGACUUUCUGCAGUUGGCCACUACCGACAUUUUUGAGUCACCAUGUCAGGAGAAAUUGUGGAACGGUGUUAAAUUUAUCAAUCAGUUUCUGCCGAGGGAGAAACGCGUUAGCGCGUUGAAAGAAGACGGCACGGAGGAUGGAUUUCGGGAAGAUCGCGUAGGAACCGUGUAUGUACACUGUAAAGCUGGAAGAACGAGAAGUGCCACGCUGGUCGGAUGCUACCUGAUGAUGCGCAACGGUUGGAGCCCUGAACGAGCGGUGGAACAUAUGCGUGCCUGUCGACCACACGUGCUGCUCGGCAGCAAACAGUGGGAAGCCCUACGGAUAUUCCGCAGCACCCGAGUGACCUCUAACUCUAACGGGGAUCAGCAAGGGUCUCCCGGAGCAAUGAACUAACGAAACGCUCAGUAGUCGUCACUAACAACGUAGGACUAUUCAAUUGUAAAUAGACCGGUGCAUGUUCAAUACACAUGAUAAUGGAUAGGUUUGAAAGAAAAAACAUACUCUGAUUUGAAUCAAUAUUUAUUUAAAUAUGAAACGGCUUUGCGUUAUGCAAAUUUCGCCCAGUAAG